AAGCAUGAUAUGCCUUUUCCAAGAUAUAUAUCUGCAGACUAUUUUGGUCCUAAACCUAUUACAAUUGGUGUUCAUUUUCCAAUCGGUCAUAAUGCGUCUUUUCCAGGUGAUGGAGAGAUUAUUGAUCCUGAUACUGGCGAAACUAAUUAUGUUUUUCAGCAUAACCAAGUGGUGAAAUGGAAAGAUACUGGUCUAGAAGCCAAUGGAGAUGAUUUAAUAGUGCAAGCUAAUGGUGUAUGGACAUUUUGGAGUAAUAACAACAAAAGAGAAUCUCAACAUAGUUACACUUUGCAAAGUUUGGAGCAGCUAAAACAUGCAACCAGAUUUGAAGGUGGACAAGGUGAUAAUAGUUUGUCUAACUUUCACUUGAUUUAUAAUGAUUAUAAACCUAGUACACCACAGAACAUUUCAAAUAAUCUUAACGCAAGUUGCACUGUGAGUUGUAACUGCAUUAAUAAAGAUGGUACAGUGUCACGUGGGGCUCUACGUUGAUCUACCAAAGGUUAUGGCGCUUAUCUUCUAUUAAAAUCAGGUGGCAAUCCUAAUGCAAGUCUGAAAUUAAUACGUAAUCCUUCAUUUCCCACUGUACAUUUGAGUUACAACUCUACGGCAGAAGACGGAAGUGGACUGUUUACUCUAGAAAGAAAUAGCACUAAAUUAAAGGACCAAAAUUGUGAUACAGUGAAAUUAAAAAAAAAAGAGAUGGAAAAUAUACGUAAAAAUAUUAGACAGAUAUUACUUAGAGAUAAUGUAGGUGGCUACACUCCUCUGAAUUUUUGAGUGGAGUGCAGAAGCCAAAUUACCUUUGGAUUUUUUUGAUUAUGAUUAUAACUGUUUAAAAUGUGCAUUAUUGAUUAACGAAAAUUGUGAAAAGCAUUUUGACAGUAAAGAUGCUGCAGCUGCACAAGCUGUGUCACGAGCUUUGACAAUUCUCUUCUUUCUUUGCUUGCUUUAUUCACAGUAAUCUCAUCACUUUUUUAUCUUUUUGGUAUGAUACGAGAAAGUAAGCAUAAUAUGCUCCUCAUCAGAAUAAUUAAAAUCACUCUAGUAAAGUACUUG